AUGUCUCAAGCCUCGCCUAAGAAGCAUCUCAAGAGCCAGUCGGCUUUUGCAUUUGAUGCCAGUGCCACGACUGUUGCUGCCAGUCAGAUGCGUAAUGCUUUGAACAGAUUGGCCGACUCUGUUGAGGACGAGAGCCAGAAGCACAAGUUUGAGGGCGAAAUGGACAGCUUUUUCGCUCUUUUCCGCCGUUACUUGCUUGAUUCCGCUCGUGGAAACACUUUGGAGUGGGAUCGUAUCCAGCCUCCUCAGGCCGACCAGGUCAUUGACUAUGGUUCUCUCCCUGCUAAUGAGGACGGUACUAAGUACUUGAACAAAUUGGCUGUUUUGAAGCUCAAUGGUGGUCUCGGUACUUCAAUGGGUUGUGUUGGACCCAAGUCGAUUAUCGAAGUCAGAGAUGGCAAGUCUUUCUUAGACCUGUCGGUUCGUCAAAUUGAACACUUGAACCGUCAAUAUGAUGCCGAUGUGCCUUUUAUUCUCAUGAACUCAUUCAACACUGAUGAGGACACCUCGACUAUUAUCAAGAAAUACCAGGGUCACAAGAUCAAUAUCAAGACUUUUAACCAGUCUCGAUUCCCCCGUGUUUUCAAGGACUCGUUGUUGCCAGUCCCCAAGUCUUAUGAAGACAGAAUCGAUUCGUGGUAUCCUCCUGGUCACGGUGAUCUUUUCGAGAGUAUCGCUGCUUCUGGCGUUCUUGACCAGUUGAUUGCUGAGGGUAAAGAGAUUCUUUUUGUUUCCAACGGUGAUAACUUGGGUGCUGUUGUCGAUUUCCCUAUCUUGAAGCAUAUGGUUGAGAACGACUCGGAGUAUAUUAUGGAAUUGACCGACAAGACCCGUGCCGAUGUCAAGGGUGGUACUAUCAUUGAUUACGAUGGCAGCGUGCGUCUUUUGGAAAUCGCCCAAGUUCCUAAAGAACAUGUUGAGGAUUUCAAGUCUAUCAAGAAAUUCAAGUACUUCAACACCAACAACUUGUGGAUCAACCUCAAGGCUAUUAAGCGUGUUGUUGAGAAGAACGAACUCGCCAUGGAGAUCAUCCCUAACUCCAAGACCAUUGCUAUUGGUAACAGUGAUUUCCAAGUUCUUCAAUUAGAGACCGCAGUUGGUGCUGCUAUCCGUCACUUCAAGGGUGCUCACGGUGUUAAUGUUCCUCGUCGUCGUUUCUUGCCUGUUAAGACUUCAUCUGAUUUGAUGCUCGUCAAGUCCGAUUUGUACUCUCUUACUCAGGGCCGUUUGGAGAUCUCGCCAUUGCGUUACGGUGGUGCUCCUCUGAUCAAGCUAGGCCCUCACUUCAAGAAGGUCUCUGAUUUCCAAGCCCGUAUCCCUCACAUCCCACAGAUUGUCGAGCUCGAUCAUCUCACCAUCACCGGCAACGUCACUCUCGGCAAGGGCGUCACCCUGAAGGGUACUGUGAUCAUCGUGUGCGAAGAGGGCAAAAAGAUCGAUAUCCCCAAGGGCAGCGUGCUCGAAAACGUUGUCAUCACCGGAAACCUCUCCAUCCUCGAACACUAG